CGACUCACCCCUGGGAACCUUGAAUACCCACAAUUUGGCCUUCUGAGGUCGGGGAUUGGCGCGUGCCUUGAAACGCCGGUUCUGCCAAAAUCUUGCUGCCUAGCUCAGGUCCCCACAAAUACGGAUUGUCAAUUGGUCGAAUGUAUUUCAAAUAUGAAGGCGUGACAGGAAGUCGUUGUCGGAGCAUACGGACGUCCCCUUCCGCCUGCCCUGGGGUUCGACCUCGCUUAGUCAUCACUUAGUAAGCAGUUACCUUAGAUAACUAGUUAGUUGGCCGUACCGGCCACCCAAUAGGACAACCAUCCAUCGCUUCCCACAGUAGUCCACAGGUCGCGAUGACACGAUAGAUUUUUAUGAAUUUCGGGGGAGAGCUUGCGAUGGACGAGUGGAAGACUCAGUAACAUUGGGGUGGUCGGCAGACCAGACAGGCCGCACAAAUGUAUCCAGACGACCGUCUGGGUCUUGCACCUGCCGUAGACGCCGGUUGGCGGUUCUCCGUCUGUGGUGGUCGUAGGACCGCGGUCUGACGACCGACCUGGUCGGGAGCGCAGGGUCUAGCCUGCUGGGUGCUACCUCUCAGGGCGUAUGCGCUCCAUCUUACCGCCCGGGUCAUCAGCGUCGGGAUCAACCAUCCCAGCGCUCGGUUCCCGUCCAUCCGACCCUCCUGGUGUUCAUACCGCAAGCCUCAGCCAGUCCUCGACCUAGACCCCCGCGCGGAUCUCCUACAAACCCUUCAGACCAAGUCGGUCGUGGGCCUAUCGAAUCUAGUUCUCCAAUACACUAAGCACCUAUCUAAGCACAUUCAAGGUUGGAGAUCGAGUGGAAACCUGCCAGCUUCUCCUGAAGCAUGGUGCUAAGGCUCUUUGGACUGGUCCUGAUGGCAGGAACCUAGCACAUCUCGCAGUUUGCCACCACAAAAUGNUGACCUCGUCCUUGCCUCGGAGAAUCUGACGGGUUCCAUGGUGAAGUGUGCAAUACAUGGGACGGAGCACGGCUCCGACCACCGCGCAAUCGAGACUGUGUUUGACGUUCCGGUUCCGGUUGCCAAACAGCAGGAGCGACUGCUGCUCAAAAACGCGCCUUGGAAGGAGAUUAAUGCCAGAAUUACCACAAGCCUGGACAGCACGCCGUCGGACGGCACUGUGCAGCAGAGAACCGACCGACUAAUGUCUGCGGUGUUGGAGGCAGUGCAUGCCUUGACGCCAAAGGCCAGACCGUCCCCGUACGCAAAGAGAUGGUGGACAACGGACUUGACACAACUCCGCUAUAUCUACACAUACUGGAGAAAUCACGCCCGAUCGGAGCGACGGGCAGGGCAAAUCGCAUCACACCUAGAAGAGACAGCUAAAAGUGCUGCGAAGCAAUACCACGAUGCCAUCCGGCAACAAAAGAAAAAGUACUGGAAGGAGUUCCUGGCAGACAACAGCAACAUAUGGAAGGCCGCCAAAUACCUAAAGUCUGGAGAUGACACAGCAUUUGGGAAGGUACCACAGCUCGUCCGAGCAGAUGGAACCACCACCACCGAUCACAAGGAACAAGCAGAGGAGCUUCUGGCUAAAUUCUUUCCUCCUCUACCAGACGAUAUUGAGGAGGAAGGGGCCAGACCGCAACGAGCGCCAGUCGAGAUGCCUGCCAUCACCAUGGAGGAAGUAGAGCGGCAGCUGCUCGCAGCAAAAUCAUGGAAGGCACCUGGAGAAGACGGCCUACCGGCGAUAGUUUGGAAGAUGACCUGGCCCGCGGUUAAACACAGGGUUCUUGACCUGUUCCAGGCAUCGCUGGAAGAGGGCACGCUACCAAGUCAAUGGAGACAUGCAAAAAUCAUACCACUUAAAAAGCCGAAUAAAGAGGACUACACCAUCGCGAAAGCCUGGAGGCCAAUUUCACUUCUCGCGACACUGGGCAAGAUCCUGGAGUCGGUGGUGGCAGAAAGGAUCUCACACGCAGUGGAGACAUACGGCCUGCUCCCAACCACUCACUUUGGAGCCCGAAAACAGCGAUCAGCGGAACAGGCGCUCCUGCUCCUGCAGGAGCAAAUCUACACGGCCUGGCGUGGCCGUCGGGUCCUGAGCUUGAUCAGCUUCGAUGUCAAAGGAGCCUACAAUGGGGUUUGCAAAGAAUGA